GCCUGGGCCUGUUUCAACCCGGCCACCAGGCCUCAGCCCCAUAGCAAAGGACUGAGAUGACACAGGUGAUUGUAGCCUGCUGCACUGUCUGUCUGGCCUUGGCAGCCAGGGUUGUGACGGCUCAACGACCAGACAAACAGUGCCAACAUGCCAAAAGAUGCCAUACAAGCAAUAUGGACAAACAAGGGCUCAAGCCGCAUCGCACAAAGGCCUAUAUAGAGACUGUACUCGCCAGAUAGAUUUCCUCUCCUUUUUCCUUCCCAGAUUCGAUAUUCUCGUUGAUGGCUACAAUAGUCAAGAUAGG